UCCCCGGCCGUCCCGCCGCCCCGCCUCCUUCCAGCCGAGCCCUGCCCUCCCGCUGCUGCGCUGGCCAGGCCGCCGGGGAGACAAAGCGCCGCCGCCGCCUCUGCUAGUGCGGAUCCCGGGCCAUGGCCGGGCUGCCCCCUGGCCCAGCGCCUUCCGUCCCGCCGGCUCCGCCCUAGGCCGCGCCGCGAGGUAUCUGAGCACCAACUACACUGUGACAUUGGGAUGGAAUUGAGGCAAAAAAAACUCUGCUCUCCCAGAACAGGCGAAUGCGACCCAGAUGUGGAAAUAGAGGCCCAGAGAGGCUUAAAGCUUGCCUGAGGUCACACAGCCUGGACGCUACAGAGCCGACAUUUGAACCCAGAGAAGAGCAAGCCAAGAGCAGACUGGGCAGAGGGCGGGGAGGCGAGCGGUGGCCUGAGAGGCCCUGAGCUCCCUGCAGACCUAUCCUCGCCGCCAUGAAGCUGAACGAGCGCAGCCUGGCCUUCUAUGCCACCUGCGACGCCCCAGUGGACAACGCGGGCUUCCUGUACAAGAAGGGCGGCCGGCAUGCGGCCUACCACCGGCGCUGGUUCGUGCUCCGCGGCAACAUGCUCUUCUACUUUGAGGACCCAGCCAGCCGCGAGCCCGUGGGCGUCAUCAUCCUGGAAGGCUGCACUGUGGAGCUCGUGGAGGCCGCCGAGGAGUUCACCUUUGCCGUGCGCUUCGCGGGGGCCCGGGUCCGCACCUACGUUCUGGCCGCCGAGAGCCAGGCUGCCAUGGAGGGCUGGGUGAAGGCGCUGUCUCGGGCCAGCUUCGACUACCUGCGGCUGGUGGUGCGCGAGCUGGAGCAGCAGCUGGCCGCCAUGCGGGCUGGCGGCGGCCCACCCCCACCACGCCGGCCCCGCGCCCUCCUGCCCAAGGAGAACGGCUGUGCGGUCUGGAGCACUGAGCGGCCUGCUGCCUCCACAGGUACCUCCACCCAGGCCCAGCCUGGCCUUGAGCCCCCGCCGCUGCCACCCCGCCGGCGGGUCUCAGUGCCCAAUGGGCCUCUUGACUCGGCCUCCUUCGCCCAGCUGCAUGAGUGGUACGGGCGGGAGGUCAGGGCCCUGAGGAGUCAGUGGCUCAGAAGCCGGGCUCAGCCCUGAGGGGGUGGGGGCGGGCCUGUGCUGAGGGGCAGGGGUCAAAGCCAGCCCUGAGGUCACCAGUGGUCCUGGUUCUGGAGGGACUCUAGUCCUAGGCCCCGCUGUGACGGGCUCAGCCCUGAAAGACUGGGGCCUGGGCCCGAGGGAAACCUUGGUCAAGUCCUAAGGAGAACAGAGGCCCCUGUGUGGCCUGCUUUCAGGGGACUUAAGCUCUGGGAAGAUGCUGGACUGGGAGGGGUGCUUUAGGACUCAGAAGAGGCCACAGUACCUCUUAAGAAGAGUCAGGGGCCUGGCUGAGCCUCUGGAAGCUUGAGGGCUGGAACUCCAGCCCCAGACCCAGCCUGGAUCACCCAGCAAAGGCCUGUUGCUGGCGUCAGGUCCUGGCUGCAGUGACUGGGACCUGACGAGGAUCUGUGGUCCGAAGGCAGAUGCCCUGUCAGGCCUGGUCCCUGGCCGGGUCUCCACAACAGAAGGCAGGCUCGGGUGUGCCACACUCCUGGGUGGGACCUCCUUUCGCUCCUGAAGUGGCAGGUGAGGAGGUGGCGGCAGGUUUUAAUGCCUAACCAGUAUGGUGAGGUUGCCUGGUCCCCAGGGCUCCUGGCUGGAGUGGGGCCCAGGCAGGACUUUUGCCCUGGGCCUCGGCCAGGCCUGGAGGUGGCACUCCCGGUGCAGUAGCGACUCUCCAGCCUCGAGCCAAUCUGUGUUCCAGUGGUGGCUCUCACACGCUCUCCUGACAGUCCUCAACCACGCCCUCAGUCUCCCGCUCCCUGGGACUAGACCUUGUGGGAGCUCUUCUGACCCGGUUCAGCCUGGCCGGGCAGCCGUGGUCGGAGCUGCCUUUCCAGCAGGUUUCACUGGGGAGGGGUGGCCACCAGCUGACUCACCGCCCAGAAAGGGCCGGGUGCUGAUCCGUGGGGCUAAGAAGUACUUGUGAAGCUGUGUUUGGCUUCUGGGACUCCCUCUACCCCCGGUUUUCCGAUGGAUGGUAAGGCCAUUGUUCUCAUGUCCACGGUGGCUGCUCUUCGUCCAGGGAGACUCUGGGGGCUGGCUUAUGUUUACAGUCCUCCAUGCUGGGGACUCCCCGAGGACACCUCCCCCCAACCUUUAUUCUCCAGAAGACGACUCCUCUUGGUGACAGACGUGGCCCGAGACCCCUUCCUGCGUCUUUGAGAGACCCUGGGGCUCAGGGGAUGAGCGGGCGUGCUAUCUGCCUGCAGGCACCAGCUCACCGCUGGCUCGGGUGACUGGCCCCUGUUUUAAUUUAAUUUUUGAUACUGAGGUGUUUUUGUUUUUAAGCUACAAACAAAGCCUGGCAUUUUAUGACUUCCGUUUCUUGUUGGCUGCUGGGAAGGGGCCGGGUGUCAGGCUCUCAGCCUGGCUGGGGUGGGAGUGGGAGAGCACCGUUCGAACGCCCCAGGGACAGGGCCCGGAAUCUUGGCUGGAGACAGAGGCAUCUCAAGAAUCUCCCCGGGUUCUCUGCCUUUUCCAGGCCAGCCCUGGUCGGGGCAGGUGCUUGUGAGGCCUUGGUGUGCUCCUGGCCCUGUUUCCCAAGUCCUGAGUGGUGGGGGCUGUGGCUCUUGUCCUCAGGCCCUGGGUCGCCAGGGGUGUCAGGAGGUGGCCCCAGUCCUGGUGUAAGUUUACAAGCUCUGAGGGUACUGUGCCCUGGUCUCCAUGGGCGUCUGGUGGGAAUUACCCCCACUCCUGCUCCCCAUCCCCAAAGCACAAGGUGGGGUCAGGCUGCCUUCAGAGUUGGGUGCAGGGAGACAUAUCAGGCAGCCGUGGAGGGGGUAUUGUAAAAGCUAAAAUAAAAUAAUCAAACGUUUGUCAA